UAAAAAAAGCACAAAGAAAUCUGUAACACUUUGGUGGUUUCGAAGCUUUGUUUUCUCCGUCGCGAACGAACAUGAAGAUAACUCUCUUCCUUAUCUCUUUCCUCAUCCUCUUACCUCUCUCCCUACAAGAUCCGAGUCCAGAAGUCAAACCACCGACUCGUGCUCACGCGGAGCUCACGAGCCAUGGUUUCCCGAUUGGUCUCCUCCCUCUAUCCGUCAAAGACUACUACAUCAACAAAACCUCCGGCGACUUCUCCCUCUUCCUCCACGGCACGUGCAAAAUCACGCUUCCUCCCGACAACUACCUCGCCACUUACUCGAACAAGGUAACGGGUCGGAUCACCAAGGGUCAGAUCGCGGAGCUCCAUGGCAUCCGGGUCAGAGCGUUUUUCCAGUGGUGGUCCAUCACCGGGAUUCGAUCCUCCGGUGAUAACCUUGUCUUCGAGGUCGGCGUCGUAACCGCUAAAUACCCUUCGAAGAACUUCGACGAGAGUCUUGAUUGUGAAGGGAAACGAUCUUCUUCUUGAUUCAGUUCAAGAGGUAAAAGAUCUGUGAAGCCAGGACAGGAGCAACAAGUGAAAGCUACUUUGUAAUAUAUUUAUCUCCAUCCGAAAAAUAAAGCUUGUAAUGUAAAAACCGAAUCUAAACCACUGCUCUAUUCUUGUAUUCUCUGCAAACUAAGGGCUCAAUGGAGUCUUGCAAGUUGUGAACUAAGUAUGGGUUAAUGUGAGACUUUAAAAACAAGCAAGAACCGUUUUAUUUCUUUCC